AUGUGGAAGGCUUUGAACAAGAAGCGCAUGGCUUAUGCGGGUUUGGCCGUCGUCGCUGGUGGAACUUCUUACUAUUUUUACAAUGCAAAUUCCGCGAAAAAAAGGAAUUAUCAACGUCCUUCCACAAUUAAUCCUCAACUCUUCAUGUCCGAGACUUACGCAGACGCGAACAAAUCGGUUCUGUUUGACAAAAUAUCGGAUAGGCCACACACUUUCUGGACCCCACCCUCGAGAAAGGAAAUGUUGAACAUGCUUAAAGAUUCGGUCAAAGAAUCCGAGCCUGUUUUCGAUAUUUUAGUUAUUGGCGGUGGGGCCACUGGUGCAGGUACUGCUCUCGAUGCUGCAACAAGGGGAUUGAAGGUAGCAAUGGUGGAAAGAGACGAUUUUGCAUCUGGAACUUCGUCUCGUUCGACAAAGCUUGUUCACGGCGGUGUUCGAUAUCUCGAAAAAGCUUUCUUAGAAUUUGAUUAUGGUCAAUACAAACUGGUAAGGGAGGCACUUCAUGAACGUGCAACUUUCUUGCACACCGCCCCUUACCUGAGUUACCUAUUGCCCAUCAUACUGCCAAUUUACAAGUGGUGGCAAGUCCCCUACUUUUGGGUUGGAGUAAAGGUUUACGAUUUCCUUGCGGGAACUGCAGGAGAGAAAUUGGAAAGUUCUUACUUUUCAACUCGCAGUAAAACACUUGAAGCUUUUCCCUGGUUAAAAAAAGAGAAACUCGUAGGCGCCUUGGUUUACUAUGAUGGUCAGCAUAAUGACGCGCGAAUGAAUGUGGCUCUCGCGUUGACCGCGAUUUCUUACGGUGCUGUUGUCGCGAAUCACGUCGAAGUAAUGAAUUUAUUGAAAGAUGACCAAGGAAAAGUUGUCGGCGCGCAUGUAAGGGACACUUUGACAAACGAGGAAUGGGAUAUUAGAAGCAAAGGUGUCAUAAAUGCUACUGGUGCAUUCACAGAUGGUAUACGCUCCAUGGACAAUCCAAAAACAGAAAAAAUUGUGCAACCUUCUUCUGGCGUGCACAUUGUCCUACCGAAUUAUUAUAGCCCCCGGAAGAUGGGAUUGUUAGAUCCUCAAACAUCAGAUGGAAGGGUUAUUUUCUUUUUACCUUGGGAAGGGGCUACGCUUGCAGGUACAACCGAUUCUCCUACAGAGUUAACGUACAACCCUAUGCCUAAGGAAGAAGAGAUACAAUGGAUUCUGGAAGAAGUUAAAAGAUAUUUGAGUCCUGAUAUCAAAGUUCGGCGAAGUGAUGUCCUCGCUGCAUGGUCCGGAAUUCGUCCCCUGGUUCGUGAUCCAUCUGCUAAGAAUACGGCGGCAUUGGUGCGAAGCCACAUGAUUGAUGUUAGUGAAACCAACUUAAUCACAAUCUCUGGUGGGAAAUGGACGACAUAUAGGAACAUGGCGAAAGAAACUGUUGAUGUGGCCGUUAAAGUGCUCGGAUUGAAUCCAUUAAAUGAUAGUCUCACUGAAAGAGCGAAACUGAUUGGGUCGCACGGUUAUUCGAACACAACGUUUAUUAAACUCAUUCAACAAUUCGGUAUAGAAACUGAGAUUGCCCAGCAUCUGGCUCGAAGCUAUGGCGAUCGCGCGUGGGCCGUCGCAGCAUUAUCAAAACCCACGGGUAAACGUUGGCCAGUUUUUGGUCAACGAAUAAGUCCCUCAUAUCCAUACAUUGAGGCAGAAGUUCGAUACGCUGUCCGCCGAGAAUAUGCUUGUACCCUUGUGGAUGUAAUCGCACGUCGCACACGUCUUGCAUUCAUUAAUGCUCAAGCAACCCUAGAAUCACUUCCUCGUAUUAUCGAUAUCAUGAGCGAAGAACUUGGUUGGUCUCCAGAACGUCAAACCCGAGAAUUUGACCAAGCGGUUGACUUCCUACAAACCAUGGGCCUUCCUAAACAAUCCGAAAAAAUGACUAUUGACAAGAUAAGAAAAGAAUCCAAGGCCUUAAUUCGCGAGGCUCCAUAUAAUCAAUUGCAGUUUCAACCCGAAGAGUUGGCCAGUUUCCAAAAGGCAUUCUCAGACCUUGACAAGUCGGGCGAAGGCCAAAUAAAAUUCGUAGAACUGGAACGGGCAUUGACCCUUGUCGGAGUUUCUGUACCCGAGCAAGUCUUAACAACAAUCAUCACGCAAAUGAACUUGAAAGGUAACGAAUCGAUAGAAUAUGGAGAAUUCUUGGAAAUUGUGGGCGGAAUAAAAGAACAUCUUCUUUCCAAAAUUACAAACGAUGACCAAAUGAGAAUUUACGAACAAAAACGUAUUCCAAUCGAAAGGUCGUCUGGUGGCGUGUGA